AUGACAGGUGAGAAGUUCUGGCCGGGCUAUUAUGAGGGGGACUGGUUCCAUUAUGUUCUGAGCUGGUGGGAGCACUGUGACAGUAAGAACAUUUUGUUCCUGAAGUAUGAGGACCUUACGAAGGAUACCGUUGGGAUUUUGAAGCAUAUUGUGCAGUUCUUGGACAUUGAACUGGGCCAGGAGAAGAGCAACGAAAUCUUGGAGAAGGUCCAGUUCCAGACUAUGAAGUCGGAUAACGUGCUGGGAGAUGUCAAGGAGAUUGACAAGUUCUUCCGCAAGGGCAAGGUGGGCGCGUGGAAAGUGCAGUUCACGGUGGCUCAGAAUGGGUUCUUCGGUUAA